AUGGAUGCCGAUGUCGAUGCGAUCGUUAUCAAUGACGAUGACGACGAUGCUGGCAUGUUCAGCAUCGCCAAUGACUGCCACAGUGAGGACGAUGACGCCCGCACUGAUGAAGACAACGUUCUUUUAGCAGUGCACACGAAGCACGCUUCUGUUAACAAGGGUGAGUCAGCAGAGAAAUUUCUGCUGACUCGCGAAGCGGUUGUACGCUUCGUUCAAGACUCCAUUGCAGAUGCAGUAGACAAGCAGAAAAGAAACGCAGUAGAUCUACUAAAACACGCAGUGACAAACGUGGGUAGCAGCAAACUACUGCCCAAGUGCAUCGGUCCAUUUCGUUUGUUGUGCCGCACGGGCAACGCAUAUAAGAUUGAACUGCCUCAAAGGAUGCGUACGCAUCCUACGUUUUACGUUGGACGUCUCCGCCCUUAA